GCCGCAAGCAAGGCUCUGCGCACCACUCAGCAGGCAACGCACCACCACAACCCGGUUGCUCGGCCAAGGCACCUCCCGCUGGCUAUUUCAACUAAAGAGCAAGACUCCUGCUCCCCUUCUGCUCUCUCCUCUGCCCAUUUCUCACACAUCCUCUGCAUCACUCUUGCAUCUUCCCACACACUAAUAAGGGUCGAUUGACAACUACGCAUCUCAGCUGAACACUGCUACUACGCAUUUCGGCGCCUUCUUCCGCUUACACCUUUUUCUUUGAUACCCCUCACCUCGCCAUCACACAAUCCCACACACUUCACAAUGGUUGCCGCCGUCGGUAUCGACUUGGGCACGACCUACUCGUGUGUCGGCGUCUUCCGUGACGACCGCAUCGAGAUCAUUGCCAACGACCAGGGUAACCGCACAACGCCCUCGUUCGUCGCUUUCACCGACACCGAGCGUCUGAUCGGUGAUGCCGCCAAGAACCAGGUCGCCAUGAACCCCCACAACACAGUCUUCGACGCCAAGCGUCUGAUCGGCCGCAAGUUCGCCGACGCCGAGGUCCAGGCCGACAUGAAGCACUUCCCCUUCAAGAUCGUCGACAAGGCCGGCAAGCCCAUCAUCGAGGUCGAGUACAAGGGCGAGACCAAGCAGUUCACCCCCGAGGAGAUCUCCUCCAUGGUCCUGACCAAGAUGCGUGAGACUGCCGAGUCUUACCUCGGUGGCACCGUCAACAACGCCGUCAUCACCGUCCCCGCCUACUUCAACGACUCCCAGCGUCAGGCCACCAAGGACGCCGGUCUCAUCUCGGGCCUCAACGUCCUCCGCAUCAUCAACGAGCCCACCGCCGCUGCCAUUGCCUACGGUCUCGACAAGAAGACCGAGGGCGAGCGCAACGUCCUCAUCUUCGACUUGGGUGGUGGUACCUUCGAUGUUUCUCUCCUCACCAUCGAGGAGGGUAUCUUCGAGGUCAAGUCCACCGCCGGUGACACCCACUUGGGUGGUGAGGACUUCGACAACAGACUCGUCAACCACUUUGUUAAUGAAUUCAAAAGAAAGCACAAGAAGGACCUGUCAACCAACGUCCGCGCCCUCCGCCGUCUCCGCACCGCCUGCGAGCGUGCCAAGCGCACCCUCUCUUCGUCUGCCCAGACCUCCAUCGAGAUCGACUCCCUGUUCGAGGGUAUCGACUUCUACACCUCGAUCACUCGUGCCCGUUUCGAGGAGCUCUGCCAGGACCUGUUCCGCUCCACCAUCCAGCCCGUUGACCGUGUCCUCGCCGACGCCAAGAUCGACAAGUCCCAGGUCCACGAGAUUGUCCUCGUCGGUGGCUCCACCCGUAUCCCCCGUGUCCAGAAGCUCAUCACCGACUACUUCAACGGCAAGGAGCCCAACAAGUCCAUCAACCCCGACGAGGCCGUUGCCUACGGUGCUGCCGUCCAGGCUGCCAUCCUGUCUGGCGAUACCUCCAACAAGACUACCAACGAGAUCCUUCUCCUCGAUGUUGCCCCUCUGUCCCUCGGUAUCGAGACUGCUGGUGGCAUGAUGACCAAGCUCAUUCCCCGCAACACCACCAUCCCCACCAAGAAGUCCGAGGUCUUCUCUACUUUCUCCGACAACCAGCCUGGUGUCCUUAUCCAGGUGUUCGAGGGUGAACGCCAGCGCACUAAGGACAACAACCUGAUGGGCAAGUUCGAGCUCACCGGUAUCCCCCCUGCCCCCCGCGGUGUUCCCCAGAUCGAGGUUACCUUCGAUCUCGACGCCAACGGCAUCAUGAACGUCUCUGCCGUUGAGAAGGGCACUGGCAAGUCCAACAAGAUUGUCAUCACCAACGACAAGGGCCGUCUCUCCAAGGAGGACAUUGAGCAGAUGUUGGCUGACGCCGAGAAGUACAAGGAGGAGGACGAGGCUGAGGGCAAGCGUAUCGCUGCCAAGAACGGCCUCGAGUCCUACGCGUACUCUCUGCGCAACACUCUCUCUGACCCCAAGGUCGACGAGAAGCUUGACGCUGCUGACAAGGAGAAGCUCAAGGCCGAGAUUGACUCUUGCGUCUCUUGGCUCGAUGAGAACCAGCAGGCUGCUCGCGAGGAGUACGAGGACCGCCAGAAGGAGCUCGAGGGUGUUGCCAACCCCAUCAUGAUGAAGUUCUACGGCAGUGCUGGCGGCCCUGGUGCUGCUCCCGGCGGCUUCCCUGGCGGCGCUCCUGGUGGCGCUCCCGGUGCCGGUGGUGAUGACGGCCCCACCGUCGAGGAGGUCGACUAAAUGCCUGCUUCACCAUAUGAUUCCCUUUGAUUUGCAUUCGGCGUUUUUCCUCUUGUCGCCCUGACGGCACAAGUAAUGGUGGCCAGGGCAUUUGGGUUUUGCGAUUAGAUUUUCCAGGCAAAAGUUCCUUACGACCUGCAUGAUGGAUGUAUUUUAGGAAGAUCAUCAAUGAUGAAAUGAGAAUAAUUUUCCAAAUAA